AUGCCACCCCUCCCUCUCGACGAGCGUAUAGUGCUCCUCCAGCGCCCCAAGAACCUCUCCCACUGCCCGGCGUCCUCCCCCCCCCCCCGCCACCUCCCCCGCUACCCCUCGCGCCCGCCGCCGCCGCUGCCGCCGCCCUGCGUCAGCGGCCAGCUCUUCCAUGCGUCCUCCUGCCUGCCGCCGCCCCAGCUGUCCCCGUACUCCUGCGGCUCCCUGAGCCUGGGAGGCGAGCGCCGGCCGCCCCGAGGCCCGCCGCUGCAGCCCGACCCCCCCGUGGUGCUGCUGUCCUCCUCGCCGUUUGUGACCGGCUACGACCCUAGCCAUCGCCACAGCAACGGCACGGUGGCCCUGGGCCCCCGGCUGCCCUCGCACACGCACGCCGUCGACAUCAAGGUGUCCCUGGAGGCCGGACACGGCGAAGGCCACGCCCCCAGGCACGGUGAGGGCCACGCCCCCAGGCACGGUGAGGGCCACGCCCCCAGGCACGGUGAGGGCCACGCCCCCAGGCACGGCGGGAGUCUGAAAGGAGGCAAGGGCGGGAAGCGCGUCUCGCUGCACCUGAGCCACGAGCAGCGCGGCCAGCGCCACGAAAACGGCUACGACCACGACCACGACCACGACCACGACCACGUCAACGGCUACGACCACGACAACAGCUACGACCACGAGCAUCGGGGUCAGCGGCACGACCACGGCGGCGACAGCGGCGGCCUGCAGUUCGUCCCGGCCGCGUCGCAGCAGCACAACAAACCCCGGAGGGAGAAGGAGAACGCCAACGGCGCUCCGGGACUCCUCGCCAGGUGGGGCGGCGAGGCAGCGUCGGGCGGCGGGAGGAGGAGCAAACUGGGAGCGGCCCAGCAGGACCCCAGCAGCCUGCUGCCGGGCCCCUCCUCCUUCCGCUCGGCCCCCGCGGGCCGGGACCAGCGCCGCCCCCGGCCCCCCGCCCUCCAUGGUCUCCCGCUGUCCCCCGGCUCCUCGGGCGUGGGGGGCUUCCCCAGCCCCGACCACACCUGCACCAUAGACCUCUCCUACCCCUUCAACUGCGGCUGCUGGGAGCUGGUGCGGCGCAAGGGCUUCGGCCGGGGCUGCCAGGGCGGCGGCGGCGGCGGCGGCGGCGGCGGCGGCGGGAGUCCCUCCUCCUCCUUCUCCUGCGUCCAGACGGCGGCGGGCCGGGCGGGGGGCCGGGGGGGGGGCGGCGACGUAGCGGGCCGGGCCAUGGGUCUGAGGGGCCUGGGGGGCUGCCUCUCCUCCAACACCUCCUCCUCCAACAGCACGGCGUCCGACCGCCGGCCCCGCCUCCUCCGGCCGCUGGCGUGCGUGUCGUGCUCCUCCUCCUCGGGGGCGGGGCCUCUGGAGAGCCCCGCCCUGCUGCGUAAGCGUCUGGUGGGCGGGUGCCUGCCCUGCGCCCCCUCGGCGCCGCUGCGCGCCCUCCACAGCUGCGUGACGGGCUGCGACCCCAAGGCCAGCCAGACGGCCAGCUCCUCCUGCAGCUACUGCAGCAGCGACCCCAUCGUGGUGACCUUUAACCCCCGCCGCAGCACACCCCCGGGGAGGGGGCCGGCGGCCCACCCCCAGGCCGGCGCCUUCCCGCAGUCUGACGACGACGACUACAGCGUGCGCACCAUCUGGCCCGAGGAGCUGGCCAGGAAGAUGAGCCACGCCCACGGCACCGGCGGAGGCCCCGGGGCCGGGAAGCCGUCCUGUCUGAGCCGCGGGGGCCAGAACGGCGAGGCCCCGGGGGGGGGCAUGGCCCUGCUGGACUGCCAGAACCUCCGGGAGUUCAGCCACACCCCCCUGACGGACCACGCCGGCAGGCGGCGCCUGUGGCAGGGCAAGAUGGCCGCCCUGGACUUCAUGGGCGUGUCCUCGGGCGCGGAGGACGGGCGGAGCUCGCUGAAGAGGCUGCUGAACCACGAGGGGGGGGCGGGGGGGGCGGGGGACGGGGGGGAGUACGACGACAUGCCCUACCGCCCGCACUCGCCCUCGCCCCCGCAGUCCCCCGUCUCCUUCUCCCCCCCGCAUUCCAACCCGGGGACCCUCAUCCUCAAGCCCCGCCCCCGGCAGAGGGAGCGGGAGCGGGAGCGGGAGCGGGAGCGGGAGGGGGGGCGGUCGCUGCCCUCCGCCCAGUCGCUGCACCUGGUCCUGGACUCCCUGAACCGCGACCAGGACGAGGAGAACCGCCGCCUGCACCUCUCCCUCCCUCUGUCCUCCUCGCUGCCCGCCUCCCUGUCCAACGAGGGCGCCGUGACGCCAGACGCCGAGAACGCCGUCAUCAGCGCCAUCCUGCCCUUCCUGUUCCUAGGCAACGAGCGGGACGCCGAGGACCUGGACUUGCUGCUGCGCCUCAACGUGGGCUUCGUGGUCAACGUGACCACGCACCUGCCGCUGUACCACCUGACCACCGGCCUGGUGCGCUACAAGAGGCUGCCCGCCACCGACAACAGCAAGCAGAACCUGCAGCAGUACUUCGAGGAGGUGUUUGAGUUCAUCGAGGAGGCCCACCAGACGGGGAAGGGGGUGCUGGUCCACUGCCAGGCGGGUGUUUCCCGCUCCGCCACUGUGGUCAUCGCCUACCUCAUGAAGCACACGCUCAUGACCAUGACCGACGCCUACAAGUACGUCCGUGGGCGGCGGCCCGUCGUCUCGCCAAACCUCAACUUCAUGGGCCAGCUGCUGGAGUUCGAGCGCGACCUCAACUCCGGGGUCACACCCCGAAUCCUCACCCCCAAACUCAGCGGCCUGGAAACCCAGAGAGCUGCUGGGAACGACGAGCCUGGGCCCGGGAACGCCCACCCAGGGCCCGGGAACGCCGACCCAGGGCCCGGGAACGCCGACCCAGGGCCCGGGAACGCCGACCCAGGGCCCUGGAACGACGAGCCACGGCCCGGGAACGACGAGCCAGGGCCCGGGAACGACGAGCCAGGGCCCGGGAACGCCGACCCAGGGCCAUGGAACGACGAGCCACGUACCGGGAACGCCGACCCAGGGCCCGGGAACGCCGACCCAGGGCCCGGGAACGACGAGCCAGGGCCCGGGAACGCCGACCCAGGACACACUACAGUAUCACUCUCAAACCGCUCCCCCCUGGGGGGUCUCCCUCAGCAGACGCUGUGUGGGGGUGUUACGGCCGUAUGCGCAGCAGAGAAUAACUUGCUUUCCCGCCAUAAAGCGCCCAGAGAACGGAACGUGUUCAGAAGGGCUCCAGACGCCAGAGUGUCCAAGGCGGCGGCGGACCUCAUGGCCUACUGCGACGCCCACAUCCACGACGACCCCCUGAUCACCCCCGUGCCCACCUCCGAGAACCCCUUCAGGGAGAAGAAGUUCUUCUGCGCCCUGCUUUGA